UAGAACAGGAUUUCACAGAGUUCAAGGGUCAUUGGUUACUGGAAAAUUAAAGGUGUACACGUUCUCCAUUUGUUUGUACUUUUAUUUAAAGUUUAAAUGCUAAUGAGUAUUUCUGGACUAUCUGCAGAUUUAUAUCCUUUUUCACUAUUCCACAACAGUCUUUAGGAAGAGGACACAAUGAGAUUUUAAACUGGAGCAUUCAUGUGAACAACAGGGUGUGUUCUUCACCUGAAUACCUAGAUUACAGCAGUAACACUGUCUCUGACUGGUUGAUGUCCAUCACAUUUAUAGCUGUUUUACUACUUCUUCCACUCCUACACUGUUUACUCAAGCCCUGGGCUGAAACCCUGAGCUUGAGCAAACAGCCGCAGGAUCUUUUUUAUCUGACCCGGAAACCUCGUUUUUCUCUCAUUACUUGAAUAUUUUUUGUUCGUCAUUUUUCUUUUUUUUUUUCAACUGCAGGCCAAAUUUCUUCUUCUUGGUUGUUUUUGAUGAUUUUUGUUUUUGAAUGACUGCACAAAGAAAGAACCUUAUCAAAGACGGAAGCAAAGAGAGGGCGGGCACCUUCACCUUUUUACCUCCAACACUUUUAGUGUGAAGAACUUAAAGGGAAUAUUUUUCUAAUCCAAGUUUGUGAGAGCCAAAAGUCGAUCUGAGAGCACGGGCAUUCCUCUGUCAGCCGUCUCUAAUGGUUUAUCAAAGUGUGUUGCUGUCAUACAGGUGUAAAAGUGAAGGAUGGGAUCUGUAGCUUCUUACUUUCGCAACUUGAAUAAAAAAGAGAAAAAACAAGAGGAAGAGCGACUUUUGCGAGCCAAUGACAGAGGUUUCAACUUGUCUUUCCAGUAUGCAAACAAUGCCAUCAGAACCUCCAAGUACAACAUUUUCACUUUCUUGCCGCUCAACCUUUUCGAGCAGUUCAGGAGGCUUGCUAAUGCCUACUUCCUCUUCCUGCUCAUUCUUCAGAUGAUUCCACAAGUGUCCUCUCUGUCCUGGUUCACUACAGCUGUCCCUUUGGUUAUUGUCCUGUCUAUAACAGCAGCCAAAGACGCCAGUGAUGAUAUUAACAGACAUAAAUGUGACAAACAAGUGAAUAACCGUGAAGUGGAGGUCCUCAUUGAUGGAGAACUGAAGAAAGAAAAAUGGAGGGAAGUUCAAGUUGGUGACAUAAUAAAACUGGAGAAUAAUGAAUUUGUAACAGCAGAUCUGUUGUUGCUGUCCAGCAGUGAGCCUCUCAAUCUGGUCUAUGUGGAAACAGCUGAGUUAGACGGUGAAACAAACCUGAAGGUGAAACAGGCUCUGACUGUAACUGGAGAGAUGGGAGACAGCAUCGAGGCACUUGCUUCUUUUAAUGGUGAAGUGCGUUGCGAGCCCCCCAACAACUGCUUGGACAAAUUCAAAGGGACGUUGACGGUAAACGGACAAGCCUACAGUCUGGACAACGACAAAGUGCUGCUCAGAGGAUGUACGCUCAGAAACACAGAGUGGUGUUUCGGUCUGGUCAUGUUUGGAGGUCCAGAUACUAAGCUCAUGCAGAACAGCGGCAAAACAGUAUUUAAACGGACCAGUAUUGACCAUCUGAUGAAUAUCCUGGUUUUGGGUAUCUUUGGUUUUCUUGCAACAAUGUGUGCCAUUCUGUCCAUCUGCAAUGCAAUCUGGGAGGCAAAUGAAGGAUCUGCGUUCACAGUGUUUCUACCCCGUGAACCAGGCGUGAAUUCUUCUCUCUCGUCCUUCCUCACCUUCUGGUCCUACGUCAUCGUCCUUAACACGGUGGUGCCCAUUUCUCUCUACGUCAGCGUGGAGAUCAUCCGUCUGGGAAACAGUUUCUUCAUAGACUGGGACAGGAAGAUGUAUUAUCCUAAGAACGACACUCCGGCUCAAGCAAGAACCACCACGCUCAACGAGGAGCUCGGUCAGAUAAAAUACAUAUUCAGUGACAAAACGGGAACCCUGACGCAGAACAUCAUGACCUUCAACAAGUGCUCCAUCAAUGGAAAAGCCUACGGUGAGCUGUGUGACUUUUCAGGACAAAGGAUAGAAAUAACAGAGAAAACACCCAGAGUGGACUUCAGCUGGAAUCAGCUUGCAGAUCCGAAGUUCAUUUUCCACGACCACAGUCUGGUGGAGACGGUGAGGGAAGGAAACCCGGAGGCUCAAGCUUUCUUCCGCUUGCUGGCUUUGUGUCACACCGUCAUGCCAGAAGAAAAGAAGGAAGGGGAGCUGUUUUACCAGGCUCAGUCUCCGGAUGAGGGUGCUCUUGUAACCGCAGCGAGGAAUUUUGGUUUUGUGUUCCGUUCUCGCACACCAGAGACCAUCACAAUCAUGGAGAUGGGCAGGAAAGUUGUAUAUGAGCUUGUAGCUGUGCUGGACUUCAAUAAUGUUCGGAAAAGGAUGUCAGUGAUUGUAAGAGGCCCUGAAGGUAAGACAACGCUGUACUGCAAAGGAGCAGACACCAUCAUCUAUGAAAGACUGCACCCGUCCUGCAGCAACCUGAUGAAAGUCACCACUGAUCACCUCAAUAUGUAUGCUGGUGACGGCCUGCGUACGCUGGUUCUGGCCUCCAAGGAUCUAGACGAGAGCUACAUGAAGGAGUGGAGGAAGCGCCACAAUGAGGCCAGCACCGCCAUGGAGGACCGAGAGGAGAGACUCGAGGAACUUUAUGAGGAGAUUGAGAAAGACAUGACUCUGCUGGGAGCAACAGCUGUGGAGGACAAACUGCAAGACGGCGUGCCGCAGACUAUUGAGCAACUGGCCAAAGCUGACAUCAAAAUCUGGGUGUUGACCGGAGACAAACAGGAAACUGCUGAAAACAUUGGGUAUUCUUGCAAUAUGCUAAGAGAAGAAAUGAAUGAAGUCUUCGUUGUUGCAGCAAAUACUGCCGAAGGAGUGCGAGAGGAACUACGAAGCGCAAGAAGAAAAAUGUGUCCCGAUGCUGCAGAAGAACCGUCUGUGACCACGGCUCGCGCUGGUUUGUUCUGGCUCAAGAAGACCCAGACCGUACAGGAUGAGAAAGUGGAUGGAGAGUAUGCCAUGUUAAUAAAUGGACACAGUUUGGCCUUUGCGUUGGAGGAGGAUCUGGAGCUGGAGCUGCUGAGGACAGCAUGCAUGUGUCAGACAGUGAUUUGCUGCAGGGUCACUCCUCUGCAAAAAGCUCAAGUAGUUCAGCUUGUCAAAAAAUACAAACAGGCUGUCACUCUGGCUAUUGGAGAUGGAGCCAACGAUGUGAGCAUGAUCAAAGCUGCUCACAUCGGUGUGGGCAUCAGUGGUCAGGAGGGGAUGCAGGCAGUCCUCUCCAGUGAUUUCUCCUUCGCUCAGUUCCGUUACCUCCAGCGCCUCCUGCUGGUGCACGGUCGCUGGUCUUACCUCCGCAUGUGCAAGUUCCUCAGAUAUUUCUUUUACAAGAACUUCACCUUCACCUUUGUGCACUUCUGGUACGCGUUCUUUUGCGGCUUCUCUGCACAGACUGUUUAUGACGAGUGGUUCAUCACCUUGUACAACACUGUUUACACGUCUCUUCCCGUCCUCGCUCUCAGCCUCUUUGACCAGGAUGUAAAUGACCGCUGGAGCUUCCAGUACCCUCAACUUUACGCUCCAGGCCAGCAGAACUUGUACUUUAGUAAAAAGGCCUUCUUGAACCUCACGGCGUUCAGCUGCUACAGCUCCUUAGUGCUCUACUUUGUCCCCUGGGCGGCCAUCCACGACACAGUCAGAGAUGACGGCAAAGACAUAGCAGAUUAUCAGUCGUUUGCUCUGUUUGCACAGACCUGUCUGCUAAUAGUCGUCAGCAUACAGAUGUGUCUGGACACGUAUCACUGGACAGCAGUGAACAACUUGUUCAUAUGGGGCAGCCUGGCUGUCUACUUUGCUGUGACGUUCACCAUGUACAGCAACGGCAUUUUUGUCAUCAUCCCUUCUGCUUUUCCCUUCGUAGGCACAGAGAGAAACACUCUGAACCUCCCAAAUGUUUGGCUGACCAUCGUCCUGACGUCCCUCCUCUGCAUCCUUCCUGUGGUGGCUUAUCGCUUCAUCGUCAUGCAGAUUCGACCGACCAUCAAUGAUAAGGUCAGACACAGAGCACGAAAGGAGCCGCCGCCAACCCCCGCUCCUCGUCGACCAGUCCGGCGUGUCAGCACCCGCCGCUCAGGCUACGCCUUCGCCCACUCUAAGGGCUACGGUGACCUGGUGACCUCUCAGAGGUUCCUGAUGAAGCGACCCGUGAAGGGUCGAGUGAUGCUGUUCUCUCAUAUAACCCCGGCUGAAAGUUAGUCGGAGCGACAUGGAACAUAUAACCCAGGAGAGGUUCUAUCACGGAGAAUUGAGAAGGUUUUCCUCUGACUGGAUCCACUGACACGCUUUAGCUUCAAUAGUCAGACAAAAUAGUUGUUUUAUGUAACUGUCUUACCAUAUAGCUGUUUCAGUGUCCUAGAGUGUUGAAAAAUACCAUAAAAGCUGAAAAUAAUCAAACUUCCUUACUUAACUAUUAGAAUAGUUUUGUCACAGUUGAUUGGGUUUAUCUCAUUAUCGAAUCUUUUGAUUUAUUUCAAAAGUAUCUCCUGUGAUGAUGUCGUCCAUCCUCUAAGAGCAUAAUACAAACACCUAAAAUCAUCAAAAUGGGUCUUUAAACUCAGCAGUAAUAUUACAUUUUUAGGACUUGCAUUGUUCUAAGAAGCAGUGCUGCAACUGAGGACAUGAGAUUUUUGUUUGUUUGUUUUUUUUCUUCUUGCUGUAUGGGCCAAAUGUGUCUAAUUUUAAAGUUGUGCCCAAAAAUAUGACAGAGAACUACCUGUUUAAGUGCGUCAGUCACGGUUUUUGGUUUUCAAGAUAACUUUUGGUCCAGGUCUUAUCGUUUCUUUCCCUUCUAUAACUUUGCCUUUUUUAUUGUAAGUUUUCAGUUAAUUCUGUCAGUGAAACAAAGAUGGCUUCCCUUUCACUAAACCAGACAUAGCAGUGUAACGUUAGAAUUUGAAAUUAAUCACAAUCUGGUGUUUUAAAUUGCUUUAAAUGAAGCAAUUUAUCUAUUUAACAUAUAAUUUAAAAAAAAAAGAAAACACUCGCAGUUCUGAGAUUCACCUCUUAGUUUGAUUCCUCCAUCCAAAUAUCUGUUUGCUUAUCUUGUAAUUUUGAGCCUUAAAAUAUUCAUCUGACAUUUUUCAGGAUUUUUUUUUUUCAUUUUCAUUACUGGAAUACCAGUUGGGUUUAUUCCGACUUCUUUUUCUAUGUUUUCCCCUUUAAGCAAUGGAUAUUAGAUUCUCGUUUGUUUCUUCUAAGAUGUAUGUUGUUGUUUUUUGAAAAAAUAUAAUUUCUACUUUGUUUUUUCAUUAAAAACAUCAAAACUUGU